AUUCUGCAAUUCCCUUUAACCAACCCGAUAUCCACUGUCACCACAACAAUAAGUCUUCUUUUCUAACAACAUUCGAGCUCCACUUACAUAAUUUCAAGUUAUUGGUUGGGAAUGACUGGUGGCACAUCACAAACAAAUCAAGCGGAAAAUGUGCAAAUUCGCAGAAUAGAGUUGAGUGACCACGAUGAGGUGCUUCAGUUUCUUCGAAAGCAUUACUAUCUGGAGGAACCGUUGACCAUCGGAAGUGAACCAAAAGAACAGGACCCCGAAGAUGAGAAAUUCAAUAUGUCACAGUUGGCGAACGGAACCUGCCUGAUGGCGGUUAUCGAGAGUGGCGGUGGUGAGAAAAGGAAACGCAUUGCUGGAGUUCUGAUUUCAGGACCAAAGGAUAGCAGUGAAGCUGCACACCUAUUCGAGGAGGUCGCACGUUUGGGAUCCAAUAAAUGGGGUAGAACUCUUAAGCUGCUAGCAUGUAUAGAAAGAGACUCCAAUGUGUAUGAACGCUAUAACGUUGCGAAAGCAUUGCAUGUACAUAUUGUGGCUGUUGACUCGGCAAUACGUGGACGUGCGAUUGGUGCUAGACUAAUUGAGGAAGAGAAAAAGCUCGGCCGACAGCUUGGGUACCCGUUGCUUACGAUUGACUGCACAAGUUACUAUUCAGCGAAGAUGUCCGACCGACUGGGUAUGGAUUGCGUAAAUGUUGUUAAAUAUGAAAGCUACCUGGAUCGGCAGGGCAAACCAGUUUUCACGCCGCCAUCACCGCAUGACUGUGUAAAAACAUUCGCUACGAGAUUGUGAAUUUAAAGCUCCUUAGCCAGUACUUAUUUUUACAUACAUACAUAUUUAUAGGGUUGCCAGAUGAGUCACGUGGGAAAACAGUACUCUGAAUCUCUCGCAAUAAGCUUUAUGUUUUGAAGUAGUUCAGGUUCUAAAAAACAAAUAUAUUCAAUAGAGAAUCAGAGCGGAGUCUCUCAGGGCAAGGUCCUGCAAUCAGUAAAGCAGGACCAAAAAUCAGUAAAUGUACAUGCUGACUUGGCAUUUCCCGUUUUUAAGCAAUAAAUUGUUGGUAUGUAAAACAAAUUU